CACCAACUCUUUUAGAGAUGACCAGAAAUCAUCUUCACAUCCUGAUUUCCAAAAACUCCUCACACCCUCCAUCUAUUGCAUUUAUAUCUCGUGUCUGAACCCGUUCUUCACAUCAAAAAACGUCUCUCUCAACACAUCAUCAUUACUGGUGAUACGACAUGGCCACGAAGAGAAAAGGAGAAGCUACCAAAGCUCCAACCGAGGAGGAGUGGGACACUCACAAACAUGUGCUACGUGAACUGUACUUUGGAUCGACCCUCACAAAAUUGAUGCAGUGCAUGGAAAUUCAACACGGUUUUAUCGCGUCCAAAAAUCAGUACGAGAGAAAGCUGAAGGAAUGGGAAUUCAGAAAGAACCUCUCGUCCGAUGAGUGGAAAUAUAUCAUACAUAAGAAGCGUAAGCGCGAAGAUCUCGGCAAAGAAAGUCAGAUCAUGAUGCAUGGCGUUGCGAUCCCAAAGAAGAGAAUCAAGAAGGAGGAAGGGCGACACACACUAUCAGAUUUGAAUCGGAUCUCCACCUCGCAUCCAAACGCACCAUCUCCAGAAACGCCAGAAGGCAUUUGUGUAUCCACACCGCCGUCAGCCAUCCGAGAAGACUUCAUCCGGGCAACACAUAUCAAGAAUCUCCCAUACUUUAUAUUAAGAGACCUCUUUACUUCUCAAGGCGGAUCAAACCCAUUCUUAAUCCAUCAGAGCAAGUUACCUGCUUCUAUAUGGUCCCCAGAAAGAGGUUGCGGCCAGUACCCAGCGAGCUAGUGCCUCAGGGGACUUAGUCUCAUUUAUAUCUUCUUGGACUACUGGUACAUCUCUCACUGGGAAUGGCAAUCCGACUAGAAAGAUCCAUUCCCGCUUGCGCG